AUGAGGGGCCAGGCCGCUGCCCCGGGUGCCCUGUGGAUCCCUGCUCUGCUGCUGCUGCUGCUGGGGGACCCGGCGCGAGUGGCCACGGGGCUGGACGUGGGGCCCGGGUCCGAGCUCUGUGCCACGCUGGUGCAGGGCAAGUUCUUUGGGUACUUCUCAGCUGCCACUGUCUUCCCGGCCAAUGCCUCUCGCUGUUCGUGGACGCUGCGGAACCCAGACCCACGGCGCUACACUCUUUACGUGAAGGUGGCCAAGGCACCUGUGCCCUGCGGUGGCUCCGGCCGUGUGCACACUUACCAGUUCGACUCCUUCCUGGAGUCCACGCGCACCUACCUGGGCGUGGAAAGCUUCGACGAGGUGCUGCGCCUGUGUGAUCCCUCAGCGCCCUUGGCCUUCCUGCAGGCCAGCAAGCAGUUUCUGCAGAUGCGUUGGCAGCGGCCACCCCUGGACGACGCUCCUGGACGGCUCCUGGACCCUGGCAAUGACUUCUCAGUGGAAUACCUGGUUGUGGGCAAUCGCAGCCCCAGUCGGGCCGCCUGCCAGAUGUUGUGCCGCUGGCUGGACGCCUGCCUGGCUGGUAGCCGCAGCUCGUACCCCUGUGGCAUCAUGCAGACCCCCUGUACCUGCCUGGGUGGGGAUGCUGGUCCCCCUGCCGCAGGUCCCUCAGCCCCUCAUGGGGACGUCUGCCUCCAGGACGGCGUGGCCGGUGGCCCCGAGAACUGCCUCACCAGCCUGACGCAGGACCGGGGUGGGGACGGUGCCCCAGGUGGCUGGAAGCUAUGGUCACUGUGGGGCGAGUGCACGCGGGACUGCGGGGGAGGCCUACAGACGCGGACUCGCACGUGCCUGCCCACACCGGGCGUCCAAGGCGGCGACUGCGAGGGUGUGUUAGAGGAGGGCCGCCUGUGCAACCGGAAGGCCUGCGGCCCUGCGGGGCACGCCAACUCGCGAAGCCAGUCCCUGCGGUCCACGGACGCCCGGCGGCGCGAGGGGCUGGGAGAUGAACUGCAGCAGUUUGGGUAUCCAUCUCCUCAGACAGGUGACCCCGCGGCCGAGGAAUGGUCGCCCUGGAGUGUGUGCUCCAGCACGUGCGGCGAGGGCUGGCAGACUCGCACGCGCUUCUGCGUGUCCUCCUCCUACAGUACCCAGUGCAGUGGACCCCUUCGGGAACAGCGCCCGUGCAACAACUCCGCCGUGUGUCCAGUGCAUGGCGCUUGGGACGAAUGGUCCCCUUGGAGCCUCUGCUCUAGCACCUGUGGCCGUGGGUUCCGGGACCGCACGCGCACCUGCAGGCCCCCCCAGUUUGGAGGCAAUCCUUGCGAAGGCCCAGAGAAGCAAACCAAGUUCUGCAACAUCGCUCUGUGUUCACGCCGCCUUCCUACCCUUCCUCCCCCGGGCCGGGCAGUGGACGGAAACUGGAACGAGUGGUCCAGCUGGAGCGCCUGCUCAGCCAGCUGCUCCCAAGGCCGCCAGCAGCGCACGCGGGAGUGCAACGGGCCAUCGUAUGGGGGUGCCGAGUGCCAGGGUCACUGGGUGGAGACUCGGGACUGCUUCCUACAACAGUGUCCAGUGGAUGGGAAGUGGCAGGCCUGGGCAUCCUGGGGCAGCUGCAGCACCACAUGCGGGGGUGGCUCUCAGCGCCGGGAGCGUGCCUGCUUGGGACCCUUCUUCGGGGGAGCAGCCUGCCAGGGUCCGCAGGAGGAGUACCGGCAGUGCAGUGCCCAGCGGUGUCCUGAACCUCAUGAGAUCUGUGACGAGGACACCUUUGGCACUAUAAUGUGGAAGGAGACGCCAGCAGGGGAGGUGGCUACUGUUCGAUGUCCUCGAAACGCCACAGGCCUCAUCCUGCGGCGCUGUGAGCUGGAUGAGGAAGGCAUUGCCUACUGGGAGCCCCCUACCUACAUCCGCUGUGUCUCCAUUGACUAUCGCAACAUCCAGAUGAUGACCCGGGAGCACUUGGCAAAGGCUCAGCGUGGACUACCAGGGGAGGGGGUCUCAGAGGUCAUCCAGACGCUGGUGGAGAUCUCCCAGGAUGGGGCCAGCUACAGCGGGGACCUGCUGUCCACUAUCGAUGUCCUGAGAAACAUGACAGAGAUCUUCCGGAGGGCCUAUUACAGCCCCACCCCUGGGGAUGUGCAGAACUUUGUCCAGAUCAUCAGCAACCUGCUGGUGGAGGAGAAUCGGGACAAGUGGGAGGAGGCCCAGCUGGUGGGCCCCAAUGCCAAAGGGCUGUUCCGGCUGGUGGAAGAUUUUGUGGAUGUCAUUGGCUUCCGUAUGAAGGACCUUCGAGACGCGUACCAGGUGACAGACAAUCUGGUCCUCAGCAUCCACAAGCUGCCAGCUAGCAGGGCCACAGACAUUAGCUUCCCCAUGAAGGGCUGGCGGGCCACAGGUGACUGGGCCAAGGUGCCUGAAGACAGGGUCACUGUCUCCAAGAGUGUCUUCUCCACAGGGCUGGCAGAGGCUGAUGACUCGUCCGUUUUUGUGGUGGGGACAGUGCUCUACCGGAACCUGGGUAGCUUCCUGGCCCUGCAGAGGAACACGACUGUCCUCAAUUCCAAAGUCAUCUCGGUGACGGUGAAGCCCCCGCCUCGCUCCCUGCUCACGCCCUUGGAGAUUGAGUUCGCACACAUGUACAAUGGCACUACCAACCAGACCUGCAUCCUAUGGGAUGAGACAGACAUCCCCUCCCCCUCCGCCCCCCCGCAGCUCGGGCCCUGGUCGUGGCGCGGCUGCCGCACGGUGCCCCUCGACGCCCUCCGGACGCGCUGCCUCUGUGACCGGCUCUCCACCUUCGCCAUCUUAGCCCAGCUCAGCGCCGACGCGACCAUGGAGAAGGUGGCUGUGCCGUCGGUGGCCCUCAUCGUGGGCUGUGGAGUAUCUUCACUCACCCUUCUCAUGCUCAUCAUCAUCUAUGUCUCCGUGUGGAGGUACAUCCGCUCGGAGCGCUCUGUCAUCCUCAUCAACUUCUGCCUGUCCAUCAUCUCCUCCAAUGCCCUCAUCCUCAUUGGGCAGACCCAGACCCGCAACAAGGUGGCGUGCACACUGGUGGCUGCCUUUCUGCACUUCUUCUUCCUGUCCUCAUUUUGCUGGGUACUCACGGAAGCCUGGCAGUCCUACAUGGCCGUGACCGGCCGCCUCCGGCACCGCCUCGUCCGCAAGCGUUUCCUGUGCCUGGGCUGGGGCCUCCCUGCGUUGGUUGUGGCCAUCUCUGUGGGAUUCACCAAGGCCAGAGGGUACAGCACGAUGAACUACUGCUGGCUCUCUCUGGAGGGGGGCCUGUUAUAUGCCUUCGUGGGACCUGCAGCGGCCGUAGUACUGGUGAACAUGGUCAUCGGGAUCCUCGUGUUCAACAGGCUUGUGUCCAAAGACGGUAUCACCGACAAGAAGCUGAAGGAGCGGGCAGGGGCCUCUCUGUGGAGUUCCUGCGUGGUGCUGCCGCUGCUGGCGCUGACCUGGAUGUCCGCCGUCCUUGCGGUCACCGACCGCCGCUCCGCCCUCUUCCAGAUCCUCUUUGCUGUCUUCGACUCGCUGGAGGGCUUCGUCAUUGUGAUGGUGCACUGCAUCCUCCGCAGAGAGGUUCAGGAUGCUGUGAAGUGCCGCAUGGUGGACCGUCAGGAAGAGGGCAAUGGGGACUCGGGGGGCUCCUUCCAGAAUGGCCACGCCCAGCUCAUGACCGACUUUGAGAAGGAUGUGGAUCUAGCCUGUAGAUCAGUGUUGAAUAAGGACAUCACAGCCUGUCGUACAGCCACCAUCACCGGCACGCUCAAACGGCCGUCCCUGCCGGCGGAGGAGGAGAAGCUGAAGCUGGCCCACGUGCAGGCUCCACCCUCCAACUUCAAUAGCCUUCCGGCCAAUGUGUCCAAGCUGCAUCUGCACGGUUCACCCCGCUACCCCGGCGGCGGCGGCGGGCCCCUGCCCGACUUCCCCAACCACUCGCUGACCCUCAAGAAGGACAAGGCAGCUAAGGCCUCCUUUAUCGGCGACGGGGACAUCUUUAAGAAAUUGGACUCAGAGCUGAGCCGGGCCCAGGAGAAGGCCCUGGACACCAGCUACGUGAUCUUGCCCACGGCCACGGCCACGCUGCGGCCCAAGGCCAAGGAAGAACCCAAGUACAGCAUCAACAUCGACCAGAUGCCUCAGACCCGGCUCAUCCAUCUCAACAUGGCCCCAGACACGGGUUUCUCGGCCCGAAGCCCACCCGCCCGAGAGCCCCCGGGCGCAUCCCCUGAGGCACCCCCCAGCCACCUGGGGGAGCAGGGGGAGCCAGCAGCCCACUCCGGACCCAGCACAGGCACCAUGACCAAGAAGGACAAUGUUGCCACCUUGUCCGUCAGCUCCCUGGAGCGGCGGAAAUCGCGGUACGCGGAACUGGACUUCGAGAAAAUCAUGCACACCCGGAAGCGGCACCAGGACAUGUUCCAGGACCUGAACCGGAAGCUGCAGCACGCGGAGAAAGACAAGGAGGUUCUGGGCGCUGACAGCAAGCCCGAGAAGCAGCAGACCCCCAACAAGAGGCCCUGGGAGAGCCUGCGGAAGGCGCACGGGACGCCUGCCUGGGUGAAGAAGGACUUGGAACCGCUGGCGCCGUCGCCGCUGGAGCUGCGCAGCGUUGAGUGGGAGAAGACCGGAGCCACCAUCCCGCUGGUGGGCCAGGACAUCAUCGACCUGCAGACCGAGGUCUGA